AAUUGAAAAGUGUCUGCUGAAGAUGGAAUUCUUUGACGCUGACCUAUCCAAAUGGGGUAUUGCAGUGUUGGGAUUCGUACUCGGCAUGUCCUUUUUUGGUUCCGUUCUAUUUUAGUCUAACACAGAUCAACCGCUGUCAUAAUCUUACUUUCAGUUAUAGAAGAAACAUCAUUUUAUACGCUCUCUCUUUUUCGUUUAUUUGAUCAAAUUAUAAAUCAUGUCCAGUCGCAAAGCUAAGGGUAGAAGCACUACUAAAAGACGAGCUCAGAGAGCAACUUCAAAUGUGUUUGCUAUAUUUGAUCAGGCACAGAUUCAAGAGUUCAAGGAGGCUUUUAAUAUGAUUGAUCAGAAUAGAGAUGGAUUCAUUGAUAAAGAAGAUCUGCAUGAUACUCUUGCUUCUUUAGGCAAGAAUCCUGCAGAUGAUUUCCUUGAAGGAAUGAUGAAUGAGGCUCCUGGUCCAAUAAACUUUACUAUGUUUUUGACUCUAUUUGGCGAGAAACUUCAAGGAACUGACCCAGAAGAUGUUAUACGAAAUGCUUUUGCAUGCUUUGAUGAAGAUAACGCUGGUGCAUUGCAUGAAGAAAAGCUUAGGGAACUACUUUCAACAAUGGGUGAAAGAUUCUCUGAUGAGGAUAUUGAUGAAAUGUAUCGCGAAGCUCCAAUUGAUAAAAAAGGAAUGUUCAACUAUCUUGAAUUCACUCGCAUUUUAAAGCAUGGUGCAAAAGAUAAAGACGAUGAAUAAGAACAUAUUUUUGAACAGAAUGUAUAAUGCAUUUAUUUAUAUUUUGGUACCUAUUUGAGAGAAAAAUAUGUAUUUUUCGAAGUAUUAAUUUUUAAAGGUUCAUUUUUUAUGAAACAGUUUUAAAAUUGUUGUGAAGAAUCUCCAAAAAUUUUAUAGCAAUAAUAUUGUUGCCGUUUUUAAUAAAAAAUGUUUAGCUCAA